AUGGUAUUUCUCAUCACACGAACACACAACCCACCUACAUCAAACGAUAUAUUAUUACAAGAUAAAAGCAUACCAAAAUCGGAGGAGAAGGAUGGAGUUGAUUCAAAAACAAAACCUGGCUCAUCAGCUUCGACGAAUGCGGUUCCACCCGCACCAAGGAAGAGGCCUCAAGCUUCUCAAGCACUAUUACAAGAUUUAUCAAGAGCACCUUUGAGGGAAAAGCUCGCAUAUCAAUUUCCAUACGACGUAGAGACUAAGUUCCCAGCAUACAUUUGGCAGACAUGGAAAUAUACCCCAGCAUCUGGAGAUUUUGGAGAGAACUUUCGCCCUGCAGAAGCAAGUUGGUCAGAAAAACACCCGGGAUUCGUACAUGAGGUCAUUACCGAUUCAGUCGCAGUUCAUCUAUUAAAACAUUUGUAUGCCUCUCUGCCAGAAGUUCUAGACGCUUACAAUUCGUUGCCCUUGCCUGUUUUAAAGGCCGACUUCUUUCGAUACUUAAUUCUACUAGCCAGAGGUGGUAUUUACUCCGAUAUCGAUACUCAUGCAUUGAAACCUGCUUCGGAAUGGCUUCCUGAGAGUGUGCCACGCGAAGCUAUUGGACUAAUCGUGGGUAUUGAGGCAGAUCCAGAUCGCCCAGAUUGGGCAGAAUGGUACUCGCGAAGAAUUCAAUUCUGUCAAUGGACAAUUCAAUCGAAACCAGGGCACCCUGUACUCCGCGAAAUUGUUGCCAACAUUACCGAACAGACUCUUAGCAUGAAGGAGAGCGGAACCCUCAAGCACUUCAAUGAUAAGAAUGUUGUGGAAUUCACCGGUCCGGCUUUGUGGACAGAUACUAUUUUCGAUUUCUUGAAUGACGAGAGGUAUUUCGAUAUGACUACAAGCAAGGGAAAUAUUACAUGGAGAGAGUUCACAGGCAUUCAAUCUGCAAAGAAAGUUGGAGAUGUGGUUGUCUUGCCUAUUACAAGUUUCAGUCCUGGAGUGCAGCAAAUGGGCUCGAAGGACUAUGAUGAUCCCAUGGCUUUUGUGAAGCAUGAAUUCGAAGGUACCUGGAAACCUGAGAACGAACGACAUAUCGGGAUAGUUACUAGGUAG